AUGUCUGCCUUUGCUCGUGUGAAGCUGGUGCGCAGUGGUGGCGAUGAUAUGUUACGCGCCGGAGCUCGUGGCUGGGGAUGGUACCAUAGAUCACUCAAGAAAAUGAAUGCUCCUGAAGCAGCUGCCGUGGCGUACGAUGCUGUGGUACCAACGCCCACGCAGCCGCGACCGCGCGCGUUUUUGGAUGUGAGCAUUGGUGGUGCCAAGGCCGAGCGUAUCGUGGUGGAGGUCGCCAAAGACAUUGUACCGCAAACGGCAACAAAUUUUAUCAAAAUGUGUACGGAAGGCUUCAAGUCUAGAGCACUGGGAUCCGGCUCAUACAAAAACUCCAAGUUUCACAACGUCACGAAGGGCGUGUAUCUCGUGGGUGGUGACGUGCUUAAGGGCGAUGGCACUGGCGGUCAUGCUGCGCUGGUUGAGAAUCAGCGCUUUUUCGAUGAUGAGAAUUAUGCACUGCAGUUUUCGGAGGUAGGUGUACUAGGCAUGGCAAACGCCGGCAUCAACAAGAACGCGUCGCAAUUCUUCAUUUCGCUUAAGCCGUUGCCACACCUUAAUGGCCGCAAUGUCGCCUUUGGUAAAGUUGUGGAAGGCACGAAUAUUUUAAAAAACAUCGAGAGCGUUUAUUGUGUGAAGCACAAGCCAUUGACGGACAUUGAGAUAGUUAGCUGUGGCAUCUUGUAA